UUCAUUUUCAAUAUCAAUCUCAUUCAUAUCCUCGCUGGGGAAAAGGUUGGAUUUUACAAUCUAGUCUAUUUUAUCACUUAUAGGUGUCAGAAUAUCCCUACAUUGCGAGGAGUAUGGAUUUUGGAAAUGAAGCACCCAAUAUAAAGGUUCAUGACUUCGACUUAAACAUUCCAUGUGUGGAGGAAUUUGAUGAUGAUGAGCAUGCUGAAAAAGAGUUUUCAUUCCCCAUUCUCAUCAAUACUCUCGAGGCUUCUCAAAAUAGCAUUGAAAACAUGGACAAUGAGGAUGCAAAUAACGGGGACAAUGAAGUUCAUCAACCCUUUGCAGUGGAUACAACUAUUCAAUCAAAUUCUGCUUUCGGAGAAGUUACCUCUGAAGAAAUGAGGGAGGUUGAAGCCGGGUAUAUUGCAUCUGUCUCCUUUGCACCGGCAAUAAUCUCUCAACGUGGCCGCCGCCGCCGCCGUCGAGGUAGAGAAGUCAAGCAGAGUAUUGAUCCAGAUAGAUUCUGCACAAAUUAUAAUUGCAAGACAAGAAGGACUCCCUUGUGGCGCAAGGGACCUCUAGGACCAAAGACUUUGUGCAAUGCUUGUGGCCUUCAAUACAUUAAGACGGUGUCGGGUAGAGGCAGUGAUGAAUUUCCAGAUGAAGGUGAUGCUUCCACUGCUGAUGGUGAUGUUUCUGCUGGUCCUGUCCCACCUGAAACCAUGGAAGAGGAUUCAGAUCUCUAAAUGAGGACCAAUGUGCUGAUCAAACUUUUGUGCUUCAUGAUCAUUUAACUCCAUAUUUUGAAAUACUUAAUUUGACUAUUUGCGUUUCUCUUGCAUUUUGGGAUCAAGUCAUGUUCCCGUGACGUUAUAUAUGUGGUGGUUUAUCAAUAACUUAUAUUUUGUUUUUGCUGAACAGUAUAUGGUGAU